AAAAACCUGAUUAAAUCCAACAAUUACCAUUUUACCCUCAUAAGUCUCCCUCUUCUCCGAUUGCCAUGACUGACUUACGAAAUGACACAAAUAGCCCUCCUCCAACAUCCAUUAGCAACUCAUAACUCCCUGUAAUUGUUCUAAAACGACAGGGCUUUUUCGUCAACUCAACAAAAAAUUGACCCAGCUUCCUUUUCCUCUUCUUCCCUUUCCCAAACCCUAAUCCGCAAAGUAGAGAGAGAAAUUAAAAAAAAUUAGAGAGAGAAAUGGACGGCGUCGGUGGCGGUGGCAGUUACAGAAUAGAGGCGGAGCGGUGGCUAACGAUAUCGGAAAAGCUACUAACAGCACGCGAUUUCCAAGGAGCUAAAAGCUUCGCGAUCCGGGCGCGUGAAUCGGACCCUAGAUUACUCGAAUUCGCCGACCAAAUAAUCGCCGUAGCCGACACGCUCCUCGCCGGAGAAUUAAGAGUGAUAAACUACAACACAGGGAGCAAUAACAACGACUAUUACGCGAUAUUACAGAUUCCGAGACUGAGUCAAUCGAUGGAACUCGUCGCGAAUCAGUACAGAAAAUUAGCUUUGCUGUUGAAUCCGACCAGGAAUAGGCUUUCAUUUGCUGAGCUGGCGUUUAGACUUGUAUCUGAAGCUUGGAUGGUGUUUUCUAAUCCUUCUAAGAAGGCAUUGUAUGAUCAUGAGUUGCAAGUGAGUCAGCUCGGCCAGUUUGGUCAACUCGGUCAGUUACAGCAGCAGCCACUCGGUCAACUCGGCAUGCCUAGUGGUAGUGGUGGUGGUAAUGUUGGUCAUCAUCAUCAACAACAAGAUUAUAUGUUUAUGAAUCAGCAGCAACAGCACCAGCAGCAGCAGCAUCAGCAACAACAGCAGGGAAAUCUUAUGAGUUUUUCCGAGUCACCUCGGUCAACUCGUCCAGCUCAGCCAAGAAUGACUGAGCCGAUUCGGCCUAUAGCUCAGCAUAAACCAGCUCCUGAACCGAGCCGUCCAAUACCAGCCACUGAGAUGAGCCGUUCAACAUAUGAGCCCACUCGUCCAACAGUGACAACUGAGCCUACUCGUCCUACUGUAACAACUGAGCCCACUCGUCCUACUGUAACAACUGAGCCUACUCGUCCAAUAGUAACAACUGAGCCCCCUCGUCCAGCAGCAACAUCUCCACCCCCUCGUCCGACAGCGACAUCUCCACCCGCUCGUUCGACUACUGCAACUCCGCUGCCCGCUCGUCCAGCAACAACGCCUGAGCCCAGUCGUCAUGUAGUCUUAGCUCAACCUAAAGUAUCCGAGUCGUCUCGGGCAUCGCAUACUGAGUCAGCUCGUACACCAGCUCAGCAUAAACAAGCAAUGCCAACUAUUACUAGUAAUGCUGAGUCAUCGGCCCGCAUGGCUGGAUCGUCGACUAUGGAGUCAGAAGCAACGAGUUUCUGGACUGCAUGCCCCUACUGUUUUAUACUAUAUGAGUAUCCAAAGGCAUAUGAAGAUUGUGCAAUUAGGUGUCAAAAAUGUAAAAGGGCAUUUCAUGCAGCAGUGAUACCAUCACCACCGGUAACGUCCGGUAAAGAUAGUUACUUUUGCUGCUGGGGUUAUUUCCCGUUAGGGUUUUCGGGUAAUAAAGGGGGAGGCGGGAUUGGUGGUGCUAAUUGGUCACCUGUAUCAGCAAUGUUUGCUACUCCUUUUCAGGGUAAGCAACAAGCAAGGCAGAAAGUGAUUUAUAAAGAUGAUGUGUAUAUAGAGUUAUCUGAUCCUAGUGAAUCGGAUUCCGACGAUGAUGACUGGGAUGAUAGUAGACGAAAGAAGUUAAAAAAUAGCAAAGGGAAAGGAACUCCUAGUAAAAAUGUGGGGAGGACCCAAAUUGAGAGAGCUAAGAAGGUGAUUGUCCAAAAUGGGGAUGCUACCGCAUCAGCCGCUGGCACUAGCGGCCUGGUCAAUGUGCAAGGGGAAAUUGUGAGGAGAGGAGAAGCGAGUAGUGGGCGGAAGAGAGGAGCGAAGGAUUUGGGGAAGUUGGAUUUGAAUGUAAUGUUUAGUAAUGAGGUGGAGGAGGCGGUUCCGAGUGUGAGUGAAGGGAAUGGAACUGGGAAUGGGGAGGAGGACAAUAUUGAAGGUAUUGGGUUUUUUGAAGGUCUUGAUGAGUUUUUAAGUAGUUUGCCGAUACUCUCUGUUGUUGGAGAUGACAAGGUGAAGGCUAGUUAGUGAAGUAAGACCCUUCCUUUCUGUUGUUGUUACUUUUUCGGUUUCUCUUUUUUAUUUUUUGGUAGUUCUUUUAUUGUAUCUUGUAGUAUUUAAUCAUGGAGAGGCACUGGCAUUGCAUUUGCACAUUUGCCUGGCCGUCUUAAUCAGUGUAUAUUUUGCAGAUUCCUGUUUUUUUUUCUCUGAAUUUUCUGAAAUAAUUUGCUUUUGGGCUUUGUUAA